AUGAACGUAGCUACUGCAUCUAAAGUGCGCCUACCCCCUGAAGUGAACAGAAUUUUGUAUGUGAAGAAUUUACCAUACAAAAUAACUGCAGAAGAGAUGUACGAUAUAUUUGGCAAAUAUGGAGCCAUUCGACAGAUACGAUUGGGCAAUACACCAGAAACAAAAGGCACAGCUUUUGUGGUCUACGAAGACAUCUUUGAGGCCAAGAACGCGUGCGACCACCUGUCGGGUUUCAACGUGUGUAACAGAUACCUGGUUGUUCUCUACUACCAGUCCACCAGGGCGUUCAAGAAGACAGACACAGAGAAGAAGAAACAGGAACUGGACCAGAUGAAGAGUAAAUACGGGUUGGCCACGCCGGAGAAUAAGUGAUCCAGUCCCCUCAUACUACUGUCCACCUGUACAUAGACUUGUCAUUUCAUCACUUCAUACAUCUUGUACCAUUUUUUUGCACUGAUUGUCAUGAUGUCACAUUCUAAAUUACUAAAAUGUGUUGAUAUCUGAAGAGGGGAAGGGGGAAUCUCUUCUUUUUUUUUUUUUUUAAUCACAUUUUUGUUAUCCUCACCCGUUUUUAAUGAGAUAGCACACGAAAGGAAGAACGCAAAUCACAAGUUUAAUUUCAUGUGCCCAAUGUCUCAUUUUUGUUGAUGUGAUGUAAUAAAUGAUUGUUAAUUUA